AUGAAACAAUUUGAUGACGUUUUGCUUUAUUUAAGCUCAAUUAAGAGCUACUUUUACUCGGACGACUCAUUUAAUUUCAAUUUUGGUCAAGCACAAUCAGUAACCGGUAAUUAUACCGAAGCUGAAGAAGCGUUUUUAACAAUUAAGGAGAAAAGAAUCACAACUGAUCCAGUUUAUAUUAACUGGCUAAUAAGAUGCUACAUAAUGAAUAAAACACCAGAAAAGGCUUGGCAAUUAUAUGAACAGAACUCAUCUCGAUCUGAUUCAUACAAUUAUCUUAAUCUAAUUGCAAAUGAUUGUUACAAAAUGGGACAAUUUUUGUAUUCAGCUCGAGCCUUUGAUAUUCUGGAAAAACAUGAAACAAACCCUGAAUUCUGGGAAGGCAAAAGAGGAGCAUGUGUUGGCCUUUUCCAGUUAAUUCUAGCGGGUAAAGAACCAAGAGAGCAAAUAUAUGAGAUAAUGAAGCUACUCCGAAACUCGGACAAUCCUCAGGUUGACCAAAUCCUAAGAACACUACGUAAUUGGGACAAAGAGAAUAAAAGUGAUCUCUAA